CUGUCCCGGCCAGCGCGCGCCGCGGCGCCUGCGCGCUCUUUUCACCCUGUCUCAAUCCUCGAUUCUGAAGAGAGGCAGUUGAGCUCUCUGUUCGUGCUAAAACUGUCAUGGAUGGAGUAGAGAGGAGAAGAUCAGGGGCUCAGAAGAGCAUUAUGACAGAUAGCGACAUUACGCGAAAGUCGCGCAUCCCUGAGCGCGUGACACUCAAGAAAGAGAUCGGGCUGCUGAGCGCGUGCACGAUCAUUAUCGGUAAUAUUAUUGGCUCAGGAAUCUUCAUCUCUCCUAAAGGAGUUCUCGAGCAUUCAGGUUCUGUUGGAUUGGCAUUGGUGGUGUGGAUGUUAGGAGGAGGCGUAGCUGCUCUGGGUUCUCUCUGCUACGCUGAACUUGGGGUCACCAUCCCUAAAUCUGGUGGUGACUAUUCCUAUGUCACAGAGAUCUUUGGUGGUCUUUUUGGGUUUCUGCUGUUAUGGAGUGCAGUAUUGAUCAUGUAUCCCACUACACUGGCAGUCAUAGCUCUCACUUUUUCCAACUAUGUGCUUCAGCCUGUUUUUCCAUACUGUGUUCCUCCAUACAUGGCCACACGCAUGCUGUCCACCAUCUGCAUAUUGUUUUUGACGUGGGUGAACUGCCACAGUGUGCGUUUAGCCACACGGAUCCAGGAUGUGUUUACGGUGGGGAAGCUUCUGGCUCUCGGGCUCAUCAUUACUGUGGGUCUCAUGCAGAUUUAUGGAGGUAAUUAUGAGAGCCUGACUCCACAGGUGGCGUUCACGUUUACUAAACCUCCAUCUAUAGGACAGAUUGCUUUGGCUUUCUUACAUGCUUCCUUCGCCUUCAGUGGCUGGAACUUUCUGAACUACGUCACAGAGGAAGUGGUGGAUCCAAGGAGGAAUCUGCCUCGAGCCAUAUACAUCUCUAUCCCACUGGUGACUGUGGUGUAUACUCUCACAAACAUCGCAUAUUUCUCUUCUAUGUCUCCUGAUGAGCUUCUGUCCUCUAAUGCAGUGGCUGUUACUUUCGGUGAGAAACUUCUCGGGGCGUUUUCCACUAUCAUGCCAAUCUCUGUGGCUCUCUCCACCUUUGGGGGCAUCAAUGGUUACCUCUUCACCUCCUCCAGGUUAUGUUUUUCCGGGGCGAGGGAGGGACAUUUACCCAGUCUUCUGGCUAUGAUCCACUUUAAGAAAUGCACACCAAUCCCUGCUCUUCUUGUUUGUUGCACAGCCACAAUCGUAAUCUUGUGCAUUGGAGAAACGCACAACCUUAUAAACUAUGUGUCUUUCAUCAACUACCUCUCUUAUGGAGUCACUAUUGCUGGUCUGCUCUACUACAGAUGGAAGAAGCCAAACUUAUACAGGCCCAUAAAGGUGAAUUUGCUGGUUCCGGUUUGUUACCUGCUUUUCUGGGCUUUGCUGUUGGGUUUCAGUUUACAUUCAGAGCCUCUGGUGUGUGGAGUGGGUUUGGUCAUAAUGCUCACUGGAGUCCCUGUAUAUUUCCUGGGAGUUUACUGGAAAAACAAACCAAAAUGCAUAUAUGACUUUAUUGAGUGGGCUACAUACGUGGGACAAAGAGUAUUUUUCGUUGUCUUUCCACAAUUUGAUCCUAUUGAAGUGACACCAGAAUGGACUGACAAAGCUUCCCUCGCAAGCAAGGCUUCUGGACCUUUUUGAAUUUGUAUAAUUUUAAGUUACCCGUUUAUACACCAUGGCAUUUUACAAUUGCCAGGCUUGUAGUGGUAGUAAAAAAUGAUUGCCAACAAUAACAGACUGAGUUAUUUCAGUGUGGAUCAUGUUUGCAUGAGUGUCUGUUUCUAGAGGAUUAAGUAGAGCAGUUUCAGAAAUGAUGGAUUUUUGGAUAGACAGAUAUCUUUCAGGAUCUGAACAUUGGAUUCUGUGUUUUAAAAACCCUAGAACUCUGGACUGGGGUUCAUUUGGGAGUUUUGACACUUACAGUGUCUCUUUUGUAUAAUAGUUUACAUGUGAGGUCUUGCCAACAAAAUAACCAUUUAAAUACUUUGCCUCAUUGAUGUAAAUAUAUUUUUCAAAGUUACUAACAGUUAUUUUCAAUAUAUACAAUGUUGGUCUUCAUCUGGUUACAUGAUGGUGUUAUACUGAUUUAUAAUUAUAACAGAAGAAGAGGUUUUAAAAUCAAAUGCUCAAAAUUAGGAUGGCAAGAGGAUACAGAUCAUUUCUUUCCAUUUAAUUUGUAUGCGUCUGGGACAUUAAAGAGCUGUUUUGGCGGUGCAAAAUGGGCAUUAAAUAUAAUAAAAUUAAUUUAGUGAGGUA